CGCACGGCCUGGGACGGACACAGUGAAAGUGAAAUUGACGAUAUGAUGAAGUACCUGCUAAGCGGCGUACUCCUUCUGGCCAUCGGUCUGCAGCAGAUCGAGGCGCACGGCAUGAUGCUGAGCCCGCCGAGUCGGUCCUCGCGCUGGCGCUUCGAUGGAUCUGCGCCCCAGAACUACAAUGACAACGAGCUCUUCUGCGGUGGCUUAUAUACCCAGGCAAACAAUGGCGGCAGAUGCGGCCUGUGCGGCGACAACUUCUCGGCUGCGCAACCGCGCCCCAACGAGAUCGGCGGCCAGAUUGGUGGCAAUGGUGUCAUUACCAAGAGCUACAUAGCCGCCAAUGCCAUCACAGUUGGCGUUAAGAUCACCACGAAUCAUCUGGGCCACUUUGAGUUCCACCUGUGCAACUUGGAUGCCUUUGGAGGGGAGUCCGAGGAGUGCUUCGAUCAGCAUCGCCUGCGCUUUCCCGACGGCAGCGAUCGGCUUGAGAUCGGCACCAAGGCUGGCGAGUUCGAUGUGACCGUCAUCCUGCCUGAGGGUCUCACCUGUCAGCACUGCGUGCUCCGCUGGACUUACGUAGGCGCCAACAACUGGGGCAACUGUGGCAAUGGCACUGGCGCCUUGGGCUGUGGUCCCCAAGAGACCUUCAAGAACUGCGCCGAUGUGAGCAUCUACUGGGGCCGCAACAUGCUGAAGGAAAUGGCACGUUCAGCUCCCGUUCCUGUCGUGCCAGUGGAGGUCGACUCCAUAGAGGCUUGAGUGAAAGCCAAGAGG